GGGCGUGGCUCAGUCGGUCAGUGGUGUGCGCGGGCGAGGUGUGUGGUUGUCGCAUUGGUUUUAUCCAUUCUAUCGUAAUUUGCGUUUUUAACUUUGUUUUAGAAGUUUUACUUCACGAUGACGACUGAAACCGAGACCAAGCCUGUGGAGCAGACUGAGGAGAAGAAAGAGGAGGUGAAGGAGGAAGUGAAGAAAGAAGAAGCCGAAACGAAUAACGCUGAAGAGAAGGCGGACGACAAAGCGGAGAAGGCUGACAAAGAAAAGAAGGAAGAGGAGAAGAAGGAUGUUAAAGCCAAAAAGGAGCCGGCCGCCCCUAAGCCUGCCGUACACAAGCUGGACUUUAACAAGGACGUGGUGUAUCUCUACCAGUUCACACGCACGCCCGUCCUGCCCUCGCUCAGCCCUUACUGCCUGAAGGUGGAGACCUGGCUGAGGAUCGCAGAUCUCAAAUACGAGAAUGUGGACCACAAAAUGAAGUACAAGAGCAAGAAGGGUCAGUUGCCCUUCGUGGAGGUGAACGGAGAGGAGAUCGCCGACUCUGCCAUCAUCAUCAAGGAGCUGGGCACCCGGUACAACAAAGAUCUGGACGCCAGCCUCACCGCGGAGCAGCGCAACGUCGCCCACGCCACUAUCUCCAUGAUCGAGAACCACUUCGCCUGGGUCGUGAAGUCUUUCAUCUACAACAACUCGGAUAGUUUCACUGAAGACUUUAAGUUGAACCUGAAGAACAUGUAUAUGGUCCAGCGAGCUCUUCCUGCAAUCAUCGAUAACUUCCUCUUUAAGCGUAAACUGAAAGCGGCUGCCAAGAAAGUACGUGCACAUGGCAUUGGUGUCCACAAACCUGAGGAGAUUGAAGAAUUUGGGCACAAUGACCUGAUGGUCCUCUCUGAUCUCUUAGGAGACAAACCUUUCUUCUUUGGAGAUGAUCCCACUACGCUCGAUGUAGUUGCAUUCGCCAACCUUGCCCAAGUUGCAUUCAUGGACAAGGAAGUCAGUUACUCUCUCCGUGACUGGAUGACUGAAAAUUGUGCCAACUUGGUAGAGUUCUGUAACCGUGUCAAGGAGCGUGCCUUCCCUGAUUGGGAAGAAAUGUGUACUACCCUGGACUUGAACUCUCACCUACCCAAGCCUCCCCCUACUGAGGAGAAGGCUGAAGAGCCAGCAACUGAGAAGGAGGAGAAGACAAAGGAGGAGGAGAAGAAAGAUGAAAAGGAGAAGGAUGAUACUGAAAAGGAGAAGGCUCAAAAGGAUGAGAAAGAAGGAGAGAAGGAAGACAAUAAGAAGACGGAGGAAAAGGAGAAAGAAGAGGAGAAAAAGUAAAUUGAUUAUUCAAAGUUGUUGAAAUAAGUGGAGAACCAAAUCUAUUUGUAAUAUAUGUGAUAAAUGUUGUUUGAAAGGCUUUUUUUGCUUGAUACACUUUGUAUAGAUCUUCUUGUUAGCGUGGAACACAAGCACCUCCCCGUGCCGAUUUAGCCGUUAACGUUUUGGUAGCCACUAUCAGAAAUAAGCUCGUUCAUACCUUCAUUGUUUGUGGGAGAGUUCAAACAGUAAGGCCUGAAGCAUUUUGGAGGGACAAGGGUGGUCUUGGCUGGCAUAUUCCCAGUCAGGCCUGUAUAUUAUAGUGUUGGUUGGGCUUUCAUGUUGUAGAGCGCAGAUUGGUCCCAUUUUGCCAGAAAUUUCCUCUCCCUUGCUGUUAGAACUGGUACCAAUUCUUUGUAGAAUUCUUUGCUCUUGAUAAGUGUGUUGUAGAUCACUACUAAAUGAUUCCUUUUCACUGAAGGUAAUGACAAGAUUUGUAUUCAGACUGAAAUUCUUCAGAGAUCAAGUUGAAGGUUUGAGCUGGUUGAGUCAUAAUCUGUGUGGCUUAUAUAGCUUGUAGAUUUAUUCCAUAUGAUUUUUAGUUAAGUAAAGUUUUAAGAGCAGUAUUAUUCAUGGAAAAUGAGUUUGCUACUUUUAAUACCAUGACAAUGAAAUUUCUUAAUUUUCAUUCUUUUUUAUGACUUUUGUACUAUUAGUUUGUACAUUACUAGCUUUUAAUAUGGCAACUAGAACAUUAUGAUAGUUUAUACAUAUGAAGUUAUUUUGUAAUAAGGAAAUACUCAUUUUAUAGGUUCUCUUUGAUACCAGAGGGAAAACUCCCCACCGCUUCUUGUGAUAGGAAUGCUCAUGCUAAGCGGGUGGUCUGUCUGGGGUUUUUGGUCUGAAUCACUGCCUGGCUGCUAGUGGAGGGUUGGGCAAGUACACCAUUCCAUUUGGUAGUUCAUUUAAAGAGGGUCAGGAAAGCUUCAUCUUGCAACUGACUACUUAAGGAGAUUUAUAGUUGAGGGUUGGAAGCAUGUUACAUACCUAUGACAAGAACCUGAGACAGCCCCUUCUUGGACACCCCAAAAUCUGAUGGAUCCAAAGACAGCUUCACGGCACCACAGUAGUCACUAGGGACCAGAGUGCCGCACAAUCAAAAUUAUAGUAAGGCACAAGGACUUGUCUGCUAAGAAACUCAGUGCUGAGAACAGAAUAUACAUGCUAGUUCUAAGGGAUUAAGAAUUUUUUACUAAAAGGCAUUGCACAGUAUUUUCGGUCGAUAAUUGUGCUGUGAUAACAAGAACACCAGUUUUCUAAGAAGUGCUAAAUAGAAGUAAGCCAUUCGUACAAUGAAGUUUAUAGCCUUGUGCUUAGUCCAAAUUGUAAGAAUGAUUUAUGCUCCAAUUGCUAAUGUUGGCCCUAGAAAUCUUGCUAGACCCUUCAAAGUGUAUGAUAUCAUGUUCGUACCCUAGCUUUUGUACACUUGGUACCUUAAGGCUUCAGCAUUGGUGUAGUAGGCAAUAUAACUGGCAUUUCUAUAAUAGGCACAUACACCACAGUUAUCAUGUAUACACAGACGUAUUUAUGUUCCUCAAUAAAUGUAUCCUUUUAGGAAUAUUUAACCUCAUUCCUGCACCCUGAUCCAAGGGGGGAUGUGCAGUGGUGUACCCUCGCUGGUUUUACUACAUUCAGUCAUUUUUUGGUUAUUUGUAAUUUACCAUUUUUUUUUUGUCUGUUGUGGAGACUUGAGCUUGGCAAUGUUGCAAAAUGACCACAGUAAUGGAGAGUGUAAGGGGGUGACUGACGGGGAUGGAAUGUUAGAUUGUGCAGGACUGGAGUGCCAAGGAAUGAGCGAGCUUGUUGGAAAUCCGAUACUAAGUGUGAAAUGACUGCUUAACUUCCCAUGUAAUUGACACUAAAGUGAUUAUGAAUUUUAAGUUAGUGUUAUUUGCUCAGCUAUUCAUUCUUGUGGGGAAGGCUAUAUCCUACUGGUAUCUAAUACAUGACCUGUGUUCUAUAUUAGAGGCCAAGAUGUGGGUCAUGUGUUAUGAUCAGGCCUGGAGAGGGAGUGGCUUAUACUUCAUAUUGCUGUCUGAAUGUGUGUCCAUCCAUAUAGCACGUGCCUAUAUGAAUGUCACAUAACCAAGGGAAUAAUAAGGUCAAUAAAGUACUAGUGAUAUAA